AAGACAGUAAAGCGACUUACUUCUUCGGUACUUCACCGUAUCAGUGCGUACGAAUACUACAAACGUUGCAUUUUACAAGAUGUGCUCGUGAUUCGCGCGAUUUUACUCAACGUAAAGUUUUAGUUUGUAAUUUUUUUCCGGCGCGAUUUUUCGAAUAUGUGAUUCGAUCGAUAUAGAUCUAUUCGCGUUAUUUUUUUCUCGACUAUUCUUUCCGUAUGCGUAAAAUUAUAAUUGAUGUGCGCUGAAAAUGGUAUAAUUUCGCGUAAGUUCGGGAGUGGUAAACGUUUGUGACCAUGCUACAACCUAGAAAAAGAAAAUUCACUUUGAAAAUCACGCCCAAAGGAUUAUUACUAUGUGUGAUAAUACUGCUGACAUUUACCCAAAAUUUGGAUUAUGUUAAAGGCGAAGACGAAAGAAAUGGGUUGAUUAAGGAGAAGAUCAAACGUGGCGAAAGGGUCAUCAGGCAUGGAGAUGUGAACAUCGUCGUAUUAGAUGACUUCGAUCGGCGCAAACUCACCCCAUCUUUGGGCCUGUUAUCGACCACAGCCAGGACGUUCAUUCAAGAAGGAACGACCACCGAAUACGCCACUCAUAUUUACGGUACAACUGUAGGCGACAAGUAUGCUCAUAUCGUCAGUACAGGCUCGAAAAUAUUCUACGAUAAUAUCCGUCCUUCUAAGGAUAGAUUCGAUCCUAUCAUCACGAUCCCUUCAUUAGACUCCUUGUUAUCCGAAGAAAACGCUGUAAUUGUUCCGACCAAAGUGACCAAAAUACAUAUCAAUACUGAAAAAGUCGUUACGCCAAAUAAAGAAGAUAAUUCGUAUAAAAAUUUCGAUUCUUUGAAAGCGAAUAUACCAUCGAUAUCGGAAAAAACGCCAGUUACUGUCAACAAGCAGUCUUCCAGCAGUGAAGAAAAAAAGAGUAAUUUUAUCUCGAUCAAAAAAGAGAUUUCUAUUAAACCUGCCAAAGUUAAACUUCAAAAUGAUCUGCCUACUUUUACCAUCAAACACGAUGCUCCUGAAAUCGACACCAGAGUUGAACACAGUUAUAGUCGUCCUGAAAUCGAAGACAAUAAUAUCAGGUCAGCGAAAAACGUGGUUCUCAGGCCAGUUGCCAAGACUCCUGAAUUAACCACCACUACGUAUUUCGGGUUCGCCGAUUUUACCUCAACUGCUGGCAACACUGUGAUUAUCUUCACACCAAAAACUAAAAAGCCGAGUUAUGAAGGAUCAGUGACCUCUAUUCAGGGAGAACCUACAAUCAGUGGUGUGCCUUUGAGCACUGCUGUGUUUUCAUUGCCUUCAAGCACACCCAGUACCACUGAAAGUGCUGAAGAAGUCACCGAAUCAAGUAAAGAAUUUGAAACCACGACGCUAAAAGAGUCAAAAAGUGAACAGGAAUCGGUAGAAAUUGAAACUACUCCUGAGAUUCCUGAAGUUACCACUGAACCUUUUGAACCAACUACUGAAAAUAUUAUCUCUUCUACCAAUGUGGAUGAUCUAGUCAAGAAUAAUAAGGAUGUGCCAUUUAUAGAGAAUAGUAAUAAUUUAGAGUCUUCAUUUUCACAAGAUAUUAGUCCUUCCUCAGCAAGUGAUGUGUAUAAAACACUAACUUAUGUGACUACAUUUUACCUAUCUUCUCAGAAUGGUCAGACUGGUACUUCAAUCAGAUCUGAUACUGUGGUGUUAUCUCAGUCAACUGAAGAGGUAACCACUGAAGGUACGACUCAGGCUGUUACCACAGAAUUUGAAGAGGAUACUACGAUAACUGAGAAAUUUGAGGAAGAUGUUACUACUAUUGAACCUACUACUGAUAAAGUUGCCAUAAAAUCAGAAGAAUCAACGACUAAGAGAAGUAAACCCAAAACAGAAGAUGUAAUAACAACUACUGGAAAACCCAAAGAAGCUGUUGAAGAUCAAACUGAUAAACCAGAAACUGAAUCACCUAUCAGAGAUCAAACUGAUAAACCCAAAGAAACUACUGAACCACCAACUACAAAAUCAGAAGAAUUCAGAGAUGAAGUAAUCUCCACAACUCCUGAUCCUGAGAAUGUUGAAGUUGAACUGGUUUUCAAAACAUUGUACACCACUUACACCUACCUCACAACCUUCUUUGAAAGAAGCACCACCAAAGUGGUUAGUAGUGAAGCAGUUGUAACCAAUGUCCUGUCAUCAACAUUGGAUAAUGCUUUUCUGCAGCUGGCUUCUGAUCCAGCUGUUGCUAGUUUGUUCUCAAAUACUCAGAACUUUGGAAGAGGAGGUAAAGUAUUACCUACUAGUGUCCAGACUAACAAACCUACAGCAUCAAUUAGUAGAGUUUAUAAUGAAAUAGCUGCUUCAUCUAAUCCAGACAUAGAUAAUGAAAUUACCAAACCUACUCCGACACUAGAAUCACACCUUGUGCAAUCUAAUGUGAAAACCAAAUUAACUACCUUCAAGUCCUUCGCUGCUGUAGGCAAUGAUGAUAAAACUGUGGUUGCAAAUGGUUCAAAUGUUCACAGCAAUUUGGUGACUCCCAGUUCAUCAGAGAUCUCUAAACCAGCUGUUGAAAAGUCAUCUCAUUCUAGAGAAAAGCUACCAUUUAAAUCAGUCAUACUGAAACAUAGUCCAGUUAAUUCAUAUAAAACAACAAUCAAACGAAUAAGACCCACAAGUAUCGAGUCAUCAAAUGUUCAAGAGACAACCAAUCAAGUAAAAAAUGAUUCCAAAAAAGAACAAGAGUCCAUUGUUUCUAAUGAGAUUCCAUCUAAUUCAGUGAUUGUCUCUGCUCCGUUGACCAAUGAUGUGAGUAGUUUGGUGAGUACCAAGAAGAGCACUGAACAGACUCCAAGGAAGGUGUAUUUAGAAAAUGAUAAUGACGAUGAUCAACUCAGCUUGGAGAGUAAUACUGAGGAAACUCAUCCCAAUCCUUCAUUGAUAUCAUUGCAAACCAGCUAUACAACCUUUACCUACUUUACUACCCUAUACAAAGGCACUACCAGUGAAGUAGUUAGUAGGUUGCAAACUGUGACCAAUGUGAAUACUGAAUUAAUCAAACCAUCUUCUACUGAGCCAGUUCAAGUUGAAGAAGCUACAGCUCCAGUAACAUACUACACAACGUAUACUUACUGGACAACAUUCUAUAAUGAUGGCAAAACAAUGAUUCAAAGCAGACAAGAGACAGUAUCUAAUGUAGCCGAACCAACUUCCACUUCAACUCAAGAGCUAAAGACUGAAAUCACUCCUGCACCUACUACUACUACUUCUCCUACCUCUACAAAAGAGCCAUUCACCGAACCUGUAACUUAUUAUACCACAUUUACCUAUUUCACCACUUCUUACAUAGGUAAUUCUUCAGUGGUUAAUAGUCAUUUGGAAACUGUCACUAAUGUAGUUGAUGCUACCAAAGCUUCAGAGUUAUUGGAUGAGAAAACCUUUGAAUCAACUGAUCGUCCAAUAUUCCAACCAACUGGUUUGAUCUCAUCUGCUUUGCAGACUUCAAUCAACGAUAAUGCCACUACUGUAUUCUCUACUAAUACUUAUGGCACUUAUGUUGAUGGAAUAUAUUCCCAAUAUUUGGAGAGUACUUCAUCUAUUGUUACUUCUCCAUUGAGUGAACUUCCAUUAUCAACUGCAGAAGUCAAACCUACUGGUUUAGUUUCAGUAAAUGAGGGUAAGAUUAUUGAUGCUUUCAAUCUUACCACAACUCUAUUCACCACCAAAGUCAUCGGUACUUAUAUUCAACAGCUUUAUGCUCAAUUAAUUGAAAGCACUUCUUCGAUAAAUGUCAAUACUGAAAAACUCAGCAACUUGGUGAACCCUUCAACAGUUGUGCUGAAUGAUAGAAUCUACCAAACUGGAGUUCUUCAGUUGACUUCAGGAUCUGUGAUCAAAGAUAGAACCACGACUUACUAUGAAACAAAAGUCAUCGGUAGUGUUAUCAAUGACCAAUACUCUUCUGUAACUGAAACUUCGAGUAGUGUCUAUGUAGAAAUCCAACCUACUAAAACGGCUGAAAUUACUGCCACUGCUACAGCUGAUCUAUCAGCAGCACCUCCAUCAACAUUAUCAUCCACAUCUCCAUCACCUGCAGUAAUUGAAAGCUCAUUGAAUGAUAACUCCAAUGAAAAUGAGAGUACUGAAGACAAAGAUAGUAAAACUCGUAGAAAACCAACUUCUCCUUUCCGGCCAUUUUCUUUUCCACGUUCCAGACCAACGUUUUUACCAAAGAAGAAAACUUCCGAGCCUUUAAGUGCUGCCACCAUUACUAGAGGUAUUACACCUACAAUUGUUGCAACCCCUGCUGCUAAACCUACUGAAUCAAGAGUGUUCGGAUCUGCUAACAGAAACAGAUUCGCUAGCAGUAGGAAGUCUUCAGCAGCCAACACACCAAGCUCUGAAAUCCGUGCAGCAUCUGCUAGUUCUAGAAGAUUCUCAAAAGGUAAAUCUGCCGGAUCUACCAGUUUUGCACCCACUGCCUCAUCUUCAUUUGGCAGAUCAUCUAGUACCAAGAGCUUCUCUUCCUCUUCAGCAUUACCCAACUACAAACGUGGCAGUUAUCGACCAACUAGUGCUUCCAGCAGAAGCGUUGAUUACCUGAGUUCUGCUCCUGGAGGCUCCAGGUUCAGAAUAAGACCUACAGCUAGUGGUAGAAUCGCUAGUUUCUCUCCAUCAACUACUCCUAAGCUAGAGGAAAUUGAAAGUAGCGAAUCUGGUUUCACCGAACAAGCUUUAUCAUCUUCUGAUGAAGAAGUAAUCCAAGCUUUCCCUCCCACAACUACCGAAUCAUCUCGCAAGCAGAAUCCUUUGCUGAGGUUCAGGAAACCAGCAUCUCCUGCUGCUCCCAGAACUACAACACAGAGAUCUACUACAGCGCGUAAAAGUACAGCUAGAAACGAGAAAAAAACCACCACUACCAAAGCACCACCUUCAACUAAGCCACCUCGUACGUACACUCAUCGUCCACGACCCAAACCUGAUAAUGGCUUGUUCCCAUCCAGAUCUCCAUUCAAAAAACCUGAACUGCAGACUGAAAGUGUUGAAGAAACGAAUGAACAACAAGAAGUAAAACAGGAGCAAACAGACAGCAUUGAAGAGAUCACUGAAAACUUGGAUGCUGUAAAUGCCAACUCAAUUACUGAAAGAUCAACUACUACUAGAAGAGUUCCUACUGUAUCUAUCAGACCUUCUCCAAAUCGACGAGGACGUAUUAAGCGUCAGGCUGAGUAUGGCUAUAAAUAUGAAAACAUCAGAGGUCAAAGCAGUAGGUAUCGCAGACCUACCCAAAAUGCUUUCCCUGAUUAUCUCUACUACGAUGAUGCUGAAUAUACCACUGAGGAUUACGCUGUCCGAAGUGUGAGUAACAGGAAUAAUUUCAAAUCGAGGAAUACCCAGCAAAUCCAACAGCAACAACAACCCUACCAGCAAUAUCAGCAAUCUUACCAGCAGCCAUUCCAGUACCAGCAGACAUACCAAAGUACUACUCCAGCUCAAGUCUACCAAUCUCCUAAAAUUCGAGCUUCCACUACUGUAUCUAGUAAUUCCAGAGCUCAAUUUACAUUGAGGGAAAAAACCCAGGUUACUACUGCUGCCCCUCAAAGAACCAAUCGUCGUACUACAGCAGCUCCUAAUCAUCGUAAGCUUUCUGAGAGUACUACGAAGAGAUCUUCUCGACUACGCAGUUAUACCACUACCACUGAGACACCUUCGUAUAGAAAUAACCGAAAGCAGACGACAAACAGAAGAACUCCUACUAGAUCUCGAUAUAAAGACAACGAUUACAAUGCCAAUACAUAUUCUCCCGUUUUCGAUGGCACUAUCACCGUCACCCAUAAAAUUCCUACCGAAGUGACCAUUCCUGUAUUCAAUGGUAAAAGCACCGAGUACAAAAAUGUGGUAACAGCCAAAGCGAGUCUGCAAACGCUGGCUCCUCAUCAAUACACUACGAUCAUUGGUAAAAACGGAGCUUCGACUUUGCAGCUGUUGAACGAGGUAACUGAAACGCUUCUGAAUGGGGCAACCGAAGUAACACGUUUUAUAAUCCACGAAUCGCCCACGACUAGUAUUACCUUUACUCCGACGUUGAUUCGUAAUAGGAAAACCUCGUUCUCGCACAUUGUACCGAGUACGGUUUACGAAAUAAAACCGGAAAUCAGUACGAUACCGCCUCAAUUAAAUGCGAAUGCUCCUCUAGCUAAUCUUUUGUUAUCGCAAUUGUUGCUGGGUAAUCUGGGCAUACAACCUACAAUUAAUCCGCUAUUAGGUCUUAAUCAAGCGACCGCUGCGCCCGUUACCGAAUAUAAAACUAAAACCACCAGCUAUGUUACCACAAUCACGCAUUCCACCUCGACCAUUAUACCGGUAACGUUCCGAGGCAAAGAGAUCAAGACGACGGUGAUUGACAGCUCGACCCAAGUGAUCACAGCGACUGAAUUCAUCACCGAGACGGUGGUAAUUAGUCCUACCGCUAGCGCUGCUCCAGUCAAUCAAUUUAAUACCCUGUUGUUGCCAGCUUUACUCCAGGCUCAGCUUUUGAAUCAACCUCAACCUACCUCAACGACCAGUUCGCCCAUUGAUGAAAACGUCGACAACUUGCAAAACAUCCAGGAUUCCCCUUCGCCUUCGAAAGUAGUCAAAAACGAAGACGAAGAUGUCUACAGAAAGAAGCAAAAAGGUAAAUUCGAUUCCCAAGUCGAACCUGCCGCCGAAACGAGCGUCGUUACUUUGUAUCUAACUGGACGCAGACCUGGUGAAUUUAGCACCGUCUUUUCAACGGUUACGUUAGAUGAUAAAUCGGCAACGUUACGGAAACGUAACGCGGAUCCGGAUGUGUCAUACGAUAUCAGUCCAUCCGUGCUUCCAACUCUGACUUCGACUUUCGAUUACGAUGACGAUUUCGACGAGAUUGUUAAAUCCGGAAUGAAUGAAAUAUCACCUUCUGAAACCAACCACGAGACUCAAAGCUUAGAAAGUAUCGUGGGGAAUUACGGGCAAAGAAUACUUCACGAAAAAACGCAAACACCGUUAAAAGACAACCAAUCGAAAAAGAAUCAUUUUUUAUUGAAAACUUCCACUGAAAGCGCUCCGUUUCGGUGGAAUUCUAAUUUAAAAAGGAGCUUAGAUCGUAAAAGCGAUCUAAUCGAUUCGCAUGACAACGACGAUGGUAUCAAAGUUGGCAGAAGAUUACUCUCGAUCGAUGAUUCGAAUGAUGAAAACGAGCUUGGUGAAACCGAAUCUGAGGAGUGGUCUCAAGGUACGAAUUUUGGCAGAAAAUUACUCUCUAUUGAUGAAUCAAACGAUGAUGAAAAUGAACUUCACGAGACCGAGUUUGAUGAAUUUACUCGUGGUAUAAAUUUUGGCAGAAAAUUAUUCUCAAUCGAUGAUGAUUCGAAUGAUAUUACACAUACUGACGAAAACGAGCUCUCUAAGGAUGAUUCUGAGUGGUCGUAUGGUAUCAAUUUUGGUAGGAAAUUACUUGCCAUCGAUGAAUCCGAUGAUGUGGUCAAAGAUGAACUAGACUCUGUCAAUGUAACGUUGCAAUUUAGCCGCGAUAAUGAGUCGGUCCCAGUUGAAGACGAAGGCCGUGGAAGGUAUAACUUGGCUACAAAAGUGAUGAGUAACGGUGUCGAGGUGAUAGUGGCUUUGGACAAGAGUACGCUGCCAGGAUCUCCUCAGCUGUUGAGAGUUCUACCUACUUCGAAUAUUCGUCCGAUUACGUUAACUCCUAGCACGCUUACAGAUCACAUGAUCAUGAUGUUACCACAUGGACUACAACAACAACAGGAUACUCCGAACCCUUUGGUCACCAAAACAUACGUCACCACGUACACGUACCUGACGACCUUUCUGCAGGAAGGCCAGACCACCAUGUCGAGUAAUGAAAAAGUCGUCUCGAAUGUGCUCACUGAGAACGCCAACGUAGUCAUGAGUACGUCUCCGAAUGCCGACGCUCAUGUUACUCUAUCCUCUAGUCCUAUUUUGGCGACCAAAGUUUUACAAACUACGUAUAAAAUGGAGAGCACCGUAACCAACGAUAAUGUACCUCAUGUAGUCACUUCGCAACAAACUGUUUCCAACACGAUUACUGCGCCAGGAGGAGAAUACGUUAGUCAGCUGCAGCCUUCGGAGCCGAAUUUUAUCGAGUCGAAUUCGAUUCCAACCAAAGACGCACCUAACGAAGACUACUCAGUCAAACCGACGGAAAAAUUAAGCACAGGCCUGCCAGUGAAAAACGAUAAGAACACGAUCGAAGUAAAACCAACAUCUUUGCAAGCUGUCGACGUCACAAAAACCUAUCUCGUUACCUACACCUACUACAGAACGCUGCUGGAAAACGGUACAACUGUGGUAAAAUCAAACAUAGCCACUUCUUCAGACGUGGUCACGGAAAAGAGCUACAUACGUCUGAGCAAAACCAAACAACCAUCCAUCAAGAACACGCCAAGCUCGAUCGUAGCUACCGAAACCGAUAAACCAAUCAUGAUCUUCGCUACGAAAACAUAUCUGACAACGUUUACAUUUUUUACAACUCUGCUGCAGGAGAAAGGCGACAAAGCGCCUCAAACUGUGAUCAGAUCUCAUACCAAAGUUAAGCAAAACUUAGUUACCGAAACCUUAAACACUACUUUACUAAAUCCGGAAUAUUUAUCUAAUUUGAAACACUCGCUGAGUAAAGAUUCGCUGCCUAUCACCGCCACAGCUACGUUGACUGAUGGUCAAAGACUCGAGAUAACUGCAGUCAACGAUAACGUGCAAUCGAACACUAUCGAUAGAAUAUCAUCUUCGAUCGAGGAAACUCAAGAUUAUUACAAUCAAGUCGAUAAUCAACCAGUCAAGCACGAAGAACCUCCUCCUGUUAAACCAAUCACAAUUGGUUCGAAAACGAAAGAAGGGGCUAAUUUUUCCACUACUGUAUUACGGUCGACAACUGUGAUGAAAAAUGGCGCAACUUUGUAUCCUGGUUCGCAGGUUAUCAAGUUCACUGAUACUGGAGGCAACGUGUCGAUUAUUCCUGUAUCGGAUCCAGUCAGCAAACACCCGGCUGGAAACCCACAUAAACCAGAUAGCAAUAAGAUCCAGAUGAACAACUUGCUGAAUUUUGGAAAUUUGGGUAUCAAUAGCUUGAGUGCUCUGAAACCUGUGAUCAACGCUAUGGCUGGAUUAUGGCAGAAUAAUAUCAAAUCUAAUGUCAAGGAUAAGAAUCACGAAACUCAUCAUAAAUUAGAACGACCUUACCUAGAUAAAAAUCCUUUGGCUGAACUCAGCACUAAUUUGAAACCUCCUAACAGAACACCUAUCUAUAUCCCAGUAGGUUCGGUUAACGAUAACGAAGAAGCUGAGAGCGAAGAUCUACCAGAACAGUAUCCAGAUGUGAACCAGAGAAAUAACCAUAAUCAUAUCGCUUUGAAUAAACCAGCUGUUGAGAAGCCUUUGGUAUCUGGAGGCAUUUCAAUCAGCCCUGGACAAGUGAUUACUGCAAAUACCGAUGUAAUUGUUGGCACUCCUGCUGUACUGGGUCCCAGACCACCUGCUGUGAAGACCUCAAACGAUAAGAGCGAUGUACCAAUUGGAAUGAAACCACCUCCUUUAUCGCUACCUCAUUAUUCUGGCGAAGAAGUCGAUAAGUCACCGCAGCCUCAGUUUGGCGAAUUCCUCAAAAUACCUCCGAAGCCCUUAUCACCUGCUUUUUUGAAUAGCGGAUUCCAUAACGGGUUCCCUAAGCCACCAGUUAAGAAUCACUACAAGAAUACUGAUCAGAAGAUACCACUACCUUCGGAAAUCAAAUACUCGCAGUUGCCAUUGAACAGUCCUUUGCAUAAGGAUACGUUAAAAGAACAGAAUUCUUUUCCUGGAGUCAAACUAUCGCAUCCUGUGCUUAUUGAGCACUCUUCGCUGAAUCCGUUACUAGUCAAUGUACGUCCAUCUCAGGUAGCCCAGGUGGUUAUACCUCAUGGUAGCCAGACAGCUCUGAUUUACAGUGAUGAACCAUCCACGUACAGUACAAAAGGUGAGAUUAUCAACGACCCUUCGCCUUAUCCUGAGGAUAAUGUUAAUCCUGGUUUUGUUGGAUUGGAAGUAUUGGGACCUGCCAACACACCUCAGGAAAGUGCUUCGAAGGUAUCCUCAAAUACUAUACAUUUGGAUAUACCCAUCAAUCCAUAUGCUUCAGAUGGAGCACUGACUGAAUCUCAUCAUUUCAUCCAUCUUGGUUCAGAUGGUAAACCACAUCCUCCUUAUAGUAUCGUUAAUUCUGUGCUGAAGGCUCCUCAGAAUGAGACAUUUGAUGGUGGUUUCUUCAAAAGACCCAACAGCAAGUACAACUUUACUGUUCAGAGUAACAUCGAGUUCAUCAAGAAACCAAAUCGUCCUACUUGGCAUCAAGGGCACCCAAAUCUGGUCCGGCCUCCUGGUAAUGAGCAUAAGCAGCAGCGACCUUUCAUAUUCCCUCAGACAAAACCAACGUAUUCUGGGGAGCAACAUAGUGGUGAGCAGCACCACCAUGGUCAUCAUGAUCAGUAUAAUCAACAUAGUGGAGAACAGCCCCAUCAUCAUAGUAAUCAACAUAGUGGUGAACAGCAUCAUCAUCAUCAUAAUCAACAUAGUGGGGAACAACUGCACCAUCAUCCUGGUCAAGAACAACAUAGUGGAGAACAGCACGUCCAUCAUCAUUAUCACCAUCAUCCUUCGCAUCCUGUUCCUCAUCGUCCUUCUGUUCACGAGCAUCAAAAUGAGAACAAUAAUUUGAUCAUUACCGAUAGUGAUAUUGAAAAUGAUCAUGAUGAAAAUCCAGCCUCUGAAGAAGACGAACUAACCCAAGAGACUAAAUUGAAACCAAAUAAUCAACAUUCCAACGAGGUUUCACCUUCAGCCACCAUUACAGUUACUGCAGGAGGAGCAGAUACUCAUAAUGGCAUCAAACAUUCUGGCGAAGACGUAUCUCAUGACUACGAGAUCAAUCAAAAUUGGGAAAUCAUGAAAGAAAAGCCUCAAGAUGGUAAAACCAAACCAACUCAGCAACCAAUCAAACCUCUCGGUGGAGACAACUCGACCACAAGAGACAAUCCCAACAUCAAGUACACCGAGUGGACAACCAUGAACUUCCCCACAUUCUCCAGCGACGUGAAUGUUACCAGCCAUCCUCAGUUGGAUACAAACUCGAUAGCUAAUCAAGAAAAAGAGGGCGUUUCAGGAUCCAAAAGUACCUCCAGCAACCAGAAACAACAAGCAUCCAAUAAUCGUAACAACCAAGACGAUGUGGUAAUCGGUCUUUCUCCACCUCCGCCUCCUACGCGUCAGCCAGCUCCUUCUGCCAAACCCACUAGACCCAGUUUGAAACCUCAAGAGCCGUCGAAAAUACCUCAAAGACAACCUCAACCUGGUAAAAAUAAACCUAAACCGACCAAUCCGCCUUAUCCGUUUGAGAAACCUACUCCAACUCCGGUUACUCCUCGACCUAAACCAAUCAACAAACCUCCUCCUAACAUCUUGUAUGAAACAGAUGCCCCUCACUUGGCUGAUGAAUUGCUGAAGAUGAAACCUCUCAAUUCAACCGGGCGGAUUGAACCGGUCAAGAAAUGGCCCACUACAGCUAAACCAACUGGUUUACAGCCAGUUUAUGGCAAUGUGGUCAAAGUAACUGAUCCUGAUAAGGUUAAAGAUGAACCAGCUCCUAAUAGGACCAACUAUACAGAUGUGGAUAGUUCGCAAUCUGAUACCAAAUUGAUCACUGUUGAUAAACCAGACCAGAAUGAAGACAGGACUACCGAACUGAUAUCCAAAUGGAAUGAAAAUGGGGUAAUCUCCAGUUCAAAGAACGAAUACGAUGAUCACGAGUAUAAACACACUCCUACUUUUAUUCCUGCUAAUCGUACCAAGGGCAGCACUGUACCAAACACCAUCUUUGGUAACCUGUACACUCGUCUUUCACCAGCCAAUAUCGUCAUCAUACCUACCCACACUACUACUCAGCAUUACACCGCUAUUAGUAUGGUCAUCGAUCAAGAACCAAUUGACCAGAGCACUAGACCAACUCAGGAGGCGACAGCUAAACCGAAUAUCAAACCAACUGCAGCGUUGCCAGAUGGUCAGACCAAAGAAGAGGCCAGAAAUAAAGAGAAUGCAGAGAUCGUGAAAUCUACCACGCCAAUACCUACCUCUUACAUCACUAGCACCACAACUUACACUACAACAGAGACUGUAAAUGGCCGUCCAUCGAAUCGAACCAUUGUUCUGACUGUAACAGAUGUCUCCACUUUCAUCAAUACAACCACAAAGACUGAAACCGUGGUACAGCCUACCAGAACCAUCACUACCACGGUGCCUGUGAUCAUUCCGAAAGAAUCUACGGUGACGGUAACGCCGACGGAGUAUCCGGCCAUCAGAACUAGUGGUAAUGUCGACGAUAACGAGUCCAUCUUCGUCGUGAUGACUGAUAAGAAAUCAGGAGGAUCUAUAGCUCCGGCUCCGACCGAAGCCAGACCUACCAGUUUCGAAGUUCAAGUACCCGAUGAAGCGAAUGAAAUCAGUCCGAAUGAUAUUCUGUAUAGUGGAAUCUAUACCCAGCAUAAUGAUAACGAAUGUCGACCAGAAUGUAAAAUAGCCAAGAACGAGGUUUGCCAGAAAAUCGACAAUACCAUGAGAUGCGCGUGCAGACCUGGAUUUGCUAGGAUGUUUAUGGAUCACCCGUGUAAACCAACUUACACGUACGUGAUGAGAAUACCUUUGGAUAGACAAGGCGAAGAAAAUAUCCGUUUCACUGAUACUCUAGCAGAUCAUACAUCUCCAUCGCAUCAUCAGCUCACAGAAGCAGCCCGAGAAGGGCUCGAUAGAAUGGUGAUGCAGUCCAAUCUUCGAGAUAUCUAUCAUGGUAUCGUCGUGUCAGGUUUCGAACAAGCCAAACAAUCGGAUAAAGCUUCUGUUGUUUAUAUGGUUCAACUUUCGGAAAAUCCAGAACAAGUCAGGUUAUUGGAGGAAGUUCAUAAGACUUUGAAAGCGAAUAAUUUCAGUUUAGGAGGCACCGAUGUGUUUGCUGCUCCUGAUAUGUACCAUUCUAUUCAAGCCGAUGACUUCGACGAAUGCGGCGACAAUAAAUACCACGAUUGUUCAGAGAACGCCCAAUGUUUCAAUUUACGAGGAACGUAUACUUGCAGUUGUAAAGAAGGAUUUACCGAUAUGUCUUAUAAUGCCCAGUUCCCCGGACGUGUGUGUUCAGCUAACGCUAUUGGCUGUGAAUUAUGCAAUUAUCACGGUACGUGUUACUAUAAAGCGAACGAAGAUCCCACGUGCGAAUGCUUCCAAUGGUAUGCCGGGGAAUUUUGUCAAAUAAAUCUUAAAGUUACUUUAAUAUCGUUAAUCGCAAUCGGCGUAUUGCUGAGCAUUUUGCUAGUGGUGUGCGUCGUGAUGACGUGCAAUAAACAAAAACCACCGGAGAUUCUGCGGACAGCGCCGAAACCUCAUGUGGGCUUCAGACGUUACAGAAGCGUAACAAAUGUACCUGGUGAUAAACGUGCCAUUGUCAGUGUUGACACAAGUAGCGAGGGCAGUAUUGAGAGAACUCCGCCGCCAUUUAUUAAACAGAGAGUUCUUCGAAACGAGCCUCCUCCAAAUGCACCUCCUAGCAGUAUUCAUGGCGGAGGAGGAGGUGGUACUGUACAUAGUGCAGAUCAGAGAGACAGAAGUCUGACAGUUUUAAUUCCUCGAGCGAAAUACAGGCCGGCUUCGCAACCGUCCUCGACGCUUUUAACCAUGUCUACUUUCGGACCCGAACAAAAAUUGCUCAAUUAUGCUGCUAGUAGGGAAAGUAGUCGUACGCCCGAGAAGAAGAUGUCGCGAUGCAGUAUGCAUAGCAGACGACUCAGCAAUUCGACCAAUUUUUCAGCUGAGCCUCAACCUAGAAAGAAGAUGUCUGCUCCGAGAAGACCUUCUAGUGGUGCUCUAGUCUCAGCCGGAUUCGAAGUAUCAGCUACAGUUAGCCGGACUCAGGAGCUGGACGAAGCAUAUAUUAGUCAGUCGCAUACCGACCUAAAUCAACCAACUUAUAAUAGCAUAAGAACGGCCGAAAGUUCGAUUAUUGUAGAUGUUCCUUCAUUACCAGUAUUUGCAACAUCGUUUGAGGAUUUCAUCACCCGAGUUGAUAAACUCGGAACGGUUUCUGAAGCUAGAUCUUACGACGAAACCACAAUUCAACCUCCAGUCAGAAGUUUACACCAUGUUUUCCACUCUCAAACCCAUACGUGUGGAUCGAAGAAUUCUUCUUCGCAGAAAACCAACAUUGAUGAACAUCAUACGAUGGGUGAACGUGAUCUAGGGUCGACGUAUAUGCCCAAGUCACAACUUUAUAAACCAGAUAUAAGGGAAAGCGAUGGCUCGAAUUUUGAUUCGUUAUGAAACGAUAAUUUCUGACUUUUACCUAGAAAUUAAAUUUAAAAAAAUUCGAAUUAACGCGAACUUGUCCGUGUAUAAAAUAAGUCUUCAAAGUGAUUAUUUUUUUUAAAUUAUAAAUAUUUAUAAAAUGAUGUAAAUUUGUACCUAUCUAUACUUUGAAAUUGUGUUACGUGCAUUGUAUUAUUAUAUUAUUUUUUUCAUUUGUGAAUGUGUAAAAAUGACCCUGUAAUUUAAAUUUGAAAACUGUAUAUAAAUUGUAUACUUAAUUUGAUUAGAAGAUGAAAAAGUUUUUUUUUUGUAUUGUAUGCAAUUAGUCAUGAAAUGUUUUAAGAUACGGAAUCGUUUUUAUAAACUGAUUUAUAAUAAAUUAUUAUAUUAAUAAUGUUCCUGUCAAACGAAACGAAACAUGAAGAAAAGCAAAAUCCAUAAUACGAGGUUUUUCUCUCUAAUUUGCGAACAUGAAGAAAAAGAGAAACGUGAUUGGUUUAUUUAUUUUUGUAUUUUAAAUUAUAAGUGAAGAAAAUGCUCAUUUUUUUGUCGUCUUUUAUGAUUAUUUAUAUUAAUUUUUCGUUUUUUUUAUACCUAGUGCCAAAAAUUAUAUUAUUAUUGGUAGGUUUGUAUUUAAUAUAUGUUUUUUAAUAGCCUACUUAUUACCAUAAAUUUAACACUUUUUUUUUUGUUCUAUAUUUAUACUCACAUUUUUCGACUAAUAACAACUACGAUAUUGUGUAAAUAUUUAAAACGAUGUGUUUGUUUUGUAUUGUUGUAUGUGUGUGUGUGUAUGUGUGUGUUGAAGAUAUCGUAAAAUUAUGUAAUCGUCGUGGUUUAUGGAUUUAAGGGUGUACUUCAGGAUAUCGAUUGAUAGGUUUAAAAAAAAUAAUCAAAUUUUUAGAUUAGAUUAUCAAAUUGCUACGAAGUGUAAUUUAAAAAAAUUCGCGCGACUGAAGUUUAAUUUUACCAAAAUUGAAUCUUUCGAGAAAAAUAUUUUCAAAAAAGGGCUUCGUAGCAGUUUGCGAAAUAUUUGGGUAUUCGAAAUGUAUAAUAUUUUGAAACUCUUCAGAUUUCCUGAUUGUGGUAAUUUUUAGUUUUUCAUUCGAAAAAUCCAACCACGUAAAAUGAUAUAAAAUGACAAUAUUUCAUUAUCUUUGAUCUUUGUCAAAUUUCGUUGAAAACAAUUUUCGAGUUACCUGUUGUCUGAUUGAAAGCUCAAGUACACCUUUAAAUUAGUAGAAUCGACGUAUUUGCAGCUUACGUAGAGUGUUUCCUUACAUUUUCAGUGUUGUUAUCAGUCUUAUUUUUGUUAUUAUUUUCUGUGUAACAUUUUAAUUUAUAUUAAAGCUUAUUUUUUACCGAUUUUAAA